AUGUAUAGGCCUAAAGUGUUGGUAAUUGGCUCUGGUGGUGUCGGCACCAUCAGUGCCCUUUCAUUAUCACACAACUUCAAAUCUGAAGUUACAUUAGUUGUUCGAAGUGAUUAUGACUUGAUAAUGGAAAAAGGGUACUCUAUUGUGUCGUGCACAUAUGGCGAGCUCAUUGGCUGGAAGCCAUCCCAUUUAGCUCCAUCGGUUAAUGAUGCGAUGGAGAAAUUUGGACCUUUCGACUAUAUUUUGGUUACUACAAAAAAUGUACCAGAUGGUCCAGUUACAUGCGAAGAGAUUAUUGCACCUGCCAUAAGUACAGGGAAGGAAGUUAUCAUACUCUUGCAAAACGGAAUUGAUAUUGAAAAACCAAUGCUCGAAAAGUUUCCUGGUCAUUUGAUUCUAAGUGGAGUUUCGCAUAUUGGUAGUACAUAUUACCAUGGACACGUUGAAAAUAAAGGUAUGGAAAUUGUCUUUCUUGGUGAUUUCCAGAAACCAAGCUCGAAUCCUGAGUCCCGUCUCAAGAUUGAGGAAUUCAUCUCCAUAUAUCAUAAUCCCGGCUUCAACAAAGUACAAGUCGACGAAGAUGUACAGAAAACAAGAUGGGAGAAAUUAAUGUACAAUUCGGUAUUUAAUACAAUUUCAGCAUUGGUGGAUCUAGAUGUCAAUAGCAUACAAAUAAAUAAUGCUAAUGACGAGCUUAUAAGGCCAGCAAUGCAAGAGAUCAUGAAUAUAGCAAGAUCAGUCGGUGUUGAGUGCGAUCCUACAUUUGUGGAGAAAUUCAUUCAUAUCGGAGAUGGCCUUUUCUACAGUCCACUGAUGUGUGUCGAUAUGAGAAAGAAACAGUUGAUGGAAGUUGAGGUCAUUUUGGGGAACCCAAUACGAAUUGCUAAGGAACAGAAUGUCUAUACCCCAAUACUCAGUGUUGUUUAUUCAUUGUUGAAAAUGGUGCAGUUCAGAUUGAAACAGGAUAGGAAAAUGUUUACUAUUAAUCAAGAUGAUUUUAGGGGAAACUCAGAUCACUAUCCAUAUAUUUUUGAAAACAAGUAUAAGAACAUAAAAUAA